AUGGAUAGGCGACCCAACUAUCAGCCAGGUUAGUAUUUGUAGACAAUUUCUUACUGCGUGACCAGAAGAUUUUUUUUCAACUUUCAGCGCUUAGGAUUUUUUGAAUAACACAGCGUUUACCUUGAUUUCGAAACGCACAAAAGUUAAAAUUUGCGACUUCCGAAAAAGUUCCAAUUCUCGACUUUUAACAAUACGGUGCUGCUACAGGCAAUCAUGGGAAACAAUCUAUGACUUCAUGACUGCCAAAUGAAACUGAAAAAAGGUCCUGGUUGACUUUGAACAGCUAUUUUGGAAUCCAUUUUUUUCGUCUGUGAAAAUUGUAGCGUUGGUCUCGACAGCCAUACAUCGGUUUUUAUUGUUGAAUGACGGCACAAAAAGGGGGUAUGCAAAAAAAAAAGUAAUUUUCAACUUAAUCAUGGCUUUAUUAUGUAAAUAAAGCGGCAGCUCUAAUUUUAGAUAGAAUAUUUAUGUUAAAAACCAUUUUAUUCAUAAGAAAUCAAAAAAAUGUUCACCUAAAGGACAUAGCUUUUUUCUUUAUCCCAUAUGUUCGAGAAACUGAUCACCUCAAGCUUAAAAUUCUACCUUGAGUUUUUCCGAAAAAUAAAAUAUUUCAUGAAAACUCUUGCUUUUCUAUAAAAUCUCUCACCGAGAAAAAAAGCAUACAGACAUUCAUUCUAGACACACAAAGUUAUGGCUGCCUAUCUUUGCACUGAUCAUUACUGUGGAAAUAUUAUUCAGCCUUCUUUAAUUGCAUCUUGAAACGAAAUAAUUUCUAAAAAAUUCUUUUUUUGCUAUGAUCAAUUCCGCGAAUUAAUGACAUGUGUGAAAGUGAGAAUAUUUGUUCUUUGAAAGAGUUGCUGUUGCAGAAGGGCUCGGCGACCCUCUCGAAGACGUCCAGUCCUUCAACAUCGUCCAAUUUCUUGCUGCUGACCAAGAGUGAGAUUUAUCUUAUAAAAAUCUCUCCUAAUCAAGAGACUGAUCGAAAGACAGGUCUAGACAGCUUUUUCAAAUGGAGUGAAGUUGUCAAUUCACCUCGUUAUAAUUUAUUAGCUUUUCGUUUCCGACAAAUUCACAAGGCUCCAGAAAUGAAUUUUGCAAGUGUUUGAAGGCUCCAAUAAGAAGUCUUUCCAACUAGGAGUUAACAACAUAUAUAGUCUUCUAAAAAUAAUCAAUCGUGCAUUCUACAAUUAUAGGUAGAGAAUAUUCUGCAAGAAAUCGAGUUUUUCAUCUCAAUUGGCAGAUGAACUUGUAGUUGCACGGAUUCAGCUACAAAUUGUACUGCAAUUAUGUCAACUUUCGUCCUCUCUCCAAUUUAUUUGCUCCUGACACAAUUUCACUGAGAGAUCCUAUGCCCGAAAAAUGUCUUUUUUCCUUUUUUAGAAGUGCUUGCACUUUUUCGGCUUUGCCCAGGAAACGAUCAAAAAAAAAGAAUCCUAUCAGCUGUACCUCGAAUGAAGUACAACGCCGUGGGCGAGAUAACAGCCACCCAUAGCGCCGAGUACCAGCCAGUGCCGCCUCGCCAGCCUCUCCCUCGUUUUCGGAGUUCCUCAUUUCGCCUUUUUCUUUUGCUCGACCUCUGUUUUUGUCCCAAUCACUGCUCUCAGACUGAUUGAAGUUAUCUGUUUCGCAGAUCUACUGAGCCUUCUGUUCAGUUUCAGUCGGAUGAGCUUUUCAUUCUCUUUUCAAGCUGGUUUCCCGCUGGAAAUGUUCUCAGAAAAGUACGUCGUCUUUUUGAGCAUUUGUGAUGUUUUCGCGACAGAAUGGCUGGGAUUCUUGUUCAAAAAUGGUUUCAGUUUUAUUUUAAACGAGAUUGUACCCAUUUCCAAAAGGCAAACAGAAAUUUUCAUUAAUAUUCAUCAAAGAAUACAAGUUAUAAAACAGCCAAAAUUGAGCUCUGACGCUUUUUGGAUUGAUCUGUACAAGUUUAAAUGUAUUGUUCAAUUUUACCCUUACCGUUUUGGACCCAAUUUUCAAAAUUCUCCACUUAGCGGGUAGCUUAGAAGGAAGAUAAUUUUUCAUUUUCUUCAAAAGUUUUCGUCUCCAACGUAGCCAAAAAGCUUCUGAGCCUCGAAACUUUUGCGAUUUGACGAUUCUCUCAGAAAUCUACUCUUGAAUAAUUCUAAACCUUGAUAACCUACAUUUUCUCUGUUAAAAGUUAAGAAUCUUCAAACUUCAAGUUCGAACGGACAAAUGUCGGCGGUUCAAACGACGCAACGGUGACGUAACACCGGAUAUAUGCAACUUGGCGCGGCUUCCUUUUUCUUCGCGGCAUUUUUCAUCUUCAAACUUUUGAAACGCCGAAACGCGUACAGUGUGUGAUCUCGCCUACGUCUGACUGCUGCAAUUUUCCUCCUAGAAUUAUUGUCUUUUUUUGAUAUAUUUUUAUCACUCUAAUAUCAAGUUUCUCAUUCUCUUGUGAUGCUCUCAAAAGAUUUUGAUAGCCUCAUUCUCAAGAAAAGUCGAUUUUUUCCGGAAAAGUGGAUUCUUUGGAGCUCUCAAACUUCGAUGAUUACAUUUUGGAAGACGGUAACAAUUCAAAAAGAAUCCUUCUGAAAUAUGUUCAAAAUAGGAUGGUAAUUGUGAGGAUGGCUUUUUUCAAAUAAGAUAGUAACUAUUAUUUCAGCAAUAAACGUCGCGAGCCAAAAAAAACGUACAGUAACCUUGUUUUUCGGGUGUUAAAAGUCGCACUUUUCAAACUGACAGUUGACAUCGCGCAUGGCUGAGUAGGCCGGUGGUUAUCUGGAAAAUGCGGUCAUUAACCCUCGGCAUUUGCUCUACCGUACAGCCUUCGAACGCGUAAACUACUGACAAAGAGAAUCUGCGGCCUCUUUUUUUCACGCAGCGUGCAAGUCCACGGCACUGUUCGCAUCGCACCUGACACUUUUUCUUAUGUCUUUGUGUCUUCUUUUUUUAUUUCCGCCGAUCUAAACAAAUUUUCAAAUCUUGUUCUCGUUUCUCCGUAUUCGUGGCCUUUUUGAGUUCAUUUGAUCAAGUUGUAGAGCAGUCCAAUAAAAAGUUUCGUUUGGGGAUAGUUACACAUUCCUACAGUAAGCCCAUACUGAUUAGUUUUUCAUUUUUUGUUGUGCGAAAUCAUUUCACAGUUCGUUUUUUAAAAAGCUCCUAACAGUGAAAAUCUCAUUAUUUAUGAUUUCAGCUUGCUCUCGAAAGCUUUGGGUCAAAGUUCGAAAUCUGUGGAGAAAUUUGAGAAUUGAGAAUCUUUUCAUCCAACUCAUUUUUCUCCCUUUCUUUUUCGAGCUAGUCUGUCUCUAAUUAUUGAAAAUUUUGGUGCACCAAAGUGAAAACUUUAAGAAGCUAUUAAAUUUCUUCCAAUUCAUAAUUCUCUUCUUAAACUUCCUUUUUUUCUGCAAGUUUAUCUUUUGGAGUCGUCCUAAUUACAUGAAAAUUUUGAGCCUAGCUGACUUUAGGACAAUAUACUUUCAACAAAAAACUGUACAAUUUCAGCUUCGGCGUACUUGACGAAGACCUGCCGCUGAACAACAACUACCAGCAUCCUCCACAAAUGCGUCAGCUUCAAAAUGUUGUGCCUGACCCACAACAUAACACCAGCAACGGAAUGUACCGGGUUUGUUUUGAUAGUAUACAGAGAGACGAAAAACUAUAAUGAGGCGUUGAAAUAGAAAUCUGAUGUUUUCAGCUGGUGAGCAGUCGAUUGCCGGACACUCCGCCGAUCACCGACGUUUCGCGCAAUGGAUCUUCGGCUUCACCAUCGACUAACUCUGAUCCUCCGUACUCGCCGGACAACUUCAAUGCUUACUCCAGUACGUUCUUCUUCGAAAUACAUAUUUUCCAAAAAGAACUGCAAAACUAUCUCAAGUUCUGAUGACAGAAAGGGCUACAAAAAUCUCUUACUGCCCGAUUCCCAAGAAAAAAGAAGUACUCAAUGAAACAAAACUGAUAAUAGCUGCGUGAAACUUUUCGGAACGGUGGUUUGGUUUGCGGUGUGGUUCGUUCCAAGGCAAGGUGGACAUCUUCUUUGCGCCGCGCAAUAUGACCUUCACACAGUUUUAUCCCCAUCAGGCUAAAACACGCUAACAGCCCUGCGCGAUCUACUUUCUUUUUUUUUUCUCCGUCUGUCACUCCCCCAAUUGUGUCAGUCUGGCCAGGUUCGGUGGGUUGUCCAGUCCGGUCGAGACUUUGAACUUAUUCCUGACCUUCUUCUCAUUCUUUACAUCUAUCAAGCAGGUAUUCAUUCCAGAGAUGACUUGAGGUUGAAAAAAUAUCUGAGCACCAAGUAGGAUUGCGCUUCAUGAAGACGUUGCAAACGAAAUUCUAUAACUUCCUCGGUUUUUCUCUCUGUUCUGCAGGUUUCCAAGUCCCUGUGCGAAUUUUUUUUCAAUAAGCUUUCAAUAUUCAUCAAUGUUUGAAGGCUUUAAAUUAGUUUUCAAUAUACUCAUUAGGUUACUUGAUCUUUUCAAACAUUGGAGCAUCCUCAUAACCUUCAAGGAAAAGUUCCCGCCUUUCAUUUUGCAAAGUUUAAUAUCUUCAGGUUUUGCUACUAGGUAUAUUCCGCCAUGUCAAAAAUCCAGCCUUGGCUUCAGACCUCACUGAAAAAAAUCCUUUUUUGCUUUUGCUCAACAAGCAGUUACGAUAAAAAAAGUUCAGAAAAAAAAAUAUUUAAAUUGGCUAGUAAAUUUGUUCCGAUUCUUCUCCGGGUGCUCUGAAGUAUCUAAAUAGAAUUUCCUGUAAUUUUUCAAUUUUUGCAAGAUUUCAUAUAAUCGAACUAAUAGCAUGAUGAAUUCUAGUGAAAAGCAUAUUUUCAAUAGUUUAUCCUUUUUUUGCGUUCUCUCAUUCAUUUCUAGAAAGUAAAAAAACUUUGGCUAGUUCGUUGACUACAGUACACUGAGCAUAGAGGGCAGAGAAUUGAAUUGAUGAGAAAUUCAGUGGCAAAGUGCGUUUGUCGUCGUCGACGACUGUCCUUUGUUUCACAGUGGAGCGAUGCUCUGGCCGGCAACCUUACGCAACAAAUCCGGUGCCUUGACUGACGGGAUGAAAGCGCAGGCGCGUACCUUCCACGGAGCGUCACCAGCGAUCCCACGACUUUCCGCUGACCCCUUCUGCUUUGUGCAGGAACAGUACGAUUUGUACGGACACGGCCCUCAUUUCCAUUCCUUCUUCUGAAAUUCUCAUCAAAAGUUUCUCUCGUUCCGUUCUCACUUGUCGUCUACUUUUGAUCUAUGGAUCGAGGAGCUACUUCUAUACUCAAAAUGCGUAAGGAGUUACUUAUUCUUUAAGAAAAUGCUUCAUGUGAGAUGCGUCUUUUUGCGAAAGAAAAGCACUGUCAUGUCUACCCUUUGAAUGAAACUGAACAUCUGGCGUCGCUUGGUAAUCAUUUCGUCAACCAACUUGAUUGACUAUGCAAUUCUGUCGAAUGAAUAAAUUAAAAUUUGUUGCGAAACGGCGGUUUUCCUUGGUCAUUAUUCUAUGAGGGGGUUUCAUUUCUCCAGGAUCUAUUCAGCUUCAAAGGGUCUUCUGGCCAAGUUUAAAAUGGGGUUUCUUGUCAGCUUCUAAGGAAAUUAUGAUAUACUUGGAAACUAACAAAAUCAUUUUCUCUCAAAAAAAGUUCAUUUACACUCCAAUUUUUUUUAAUUAAACAGAGUAUUUUCUGCCACUUGAGAAUCGCCGAAAAAAUGUCAAAAAAAUAUAUAGUUUUUCCUAAGAUUUCGAAAGGAAAGUUCUAAUAGUCAUAGAGUUUUCUCGAAAUUUGCAAGCUCAACAAAAAUAACCUUCCCAGUAAAAAACAACCAAUUUGAUCUUUUUCAUGGACAAAAGGAUUUUUUCGCUCUCAAAAAAAAACUGGAUACUUUUGGAUGAGUCUUUCAAAAUCUUCAGAUACCCAUCUUCUGAACUGUUUUAAAUGUCUCCAAAUGUCCUAACUAGGAUAAAUUGCGCAGAAAAAAGUUGCGUCAGUGGUUCCAUUGUUCCGCGGAAGGGGAGAGCAAAGUGUUUUAUGCUAAGCGUCAGCGCUUUCAAAAGGGAAAGUUUGGCCAGUUCUUGUACCUGGCACUGUCACUGUGUUGCAAGACCAAACUGAAGUCUGAAACUUUUUUAGAAUCUCAAUGUUUUCACUUCCAGUAAUCAACGGCAACGCGGUGAACAACAACGGCUUGAUUCUGGGAGUUCACGAUCUGCACCAGAACCUGAUGCAGCAGGAGUUCAUGGGUCAGCUACAGCAGCCGCCGGCUCAGCCUCAACGGACCAACCACAACCAAAUCAACUCGCCACAGAGGGCCGCUUGUUUCAUGUCUUCCUACCAGGCCAGCCAGCAGAACACUCCGCAGAGCAUGACUCAGGUAACCUUUUCCCUCAUUCCUGUGCUCUGAAAUAUUUUGAAAACUAUCUCAAAAUUCAAAUUUUCGCAUAAAAGUAAUAAAAAAUACCUUUUGAAAAAAAGAGAUUUUCGGAAUAGAUUUUAAAUGGUUCACUGCUUUACAUAGUUUCAUUUUUAUAUUGUUCACCUGUUAUUUUUAAAAUCUUUUCUCAACUUUUUUCCAUCUUUAUUUUCGACUCUAAAAAUUGUCCAGAUAACUGUUCACAAGAGAGGAAAUGUCCCUUAAAAAUUUUUUUAUUUCCUAAAGUUGGUCAAAAAUUUUAGGUUAGAUAAGAGGAUCAAACAUUUUGAGCUAUACGAUUUCUCAUUUUUCGAGUAAAAGAAAAUUUCUUCAUGCAUUAUGAUCUAGGAAGAGAUUUUUGAACUUUGCGAUUCGAUAAUUUCGAAUUUUUUUUAAUGAAUCGCUGAAUUUUGACAAGUUCUGAUGUAGAUAAUUUCUGAAAGAUACGACGCUCCAAGGAAAAAAAAGCUACAAUUUUUUUGCAACAUUGGGGCUCCUUUUUAUUUUCUUUUACGAAAAUAAACAUUACACUCGAUGCUUCGAGAGUUUUUCGUAAUGUUACGAAGCUGUACGGUGUAAUUGUUUUCUAACCACAAAUUCGAUGACUUAUCGGACAAGAUGGGGCGACUGAUUUUAUCAGAAAACCAUUAGAGCAGCCGUUACCGUUCCUUCUGCUCUCACCUUCCACUUCAUUUCAUUCUAUUUCAGACGUCGCCGCAACAAAGUGCCCGUUCGGAAAACUACUCCAUCAGCCAGUACAACGCACAACACAUGGACACUCUGUACAGUAUGCUGAGCGCCUCGAGCGAAGGCAGCAUUCACAGCCAAAACAGCGAGGCUCCGCAGAACCGCAAGCGGCCUCGCAUUGAGUCGCAGAUUGAGCCGCCCAAGUUCAUGCCGGCGGUCAGCGCCAAUCCCAUGGCUUCCAGUCCUGUCGAAGGAACUUAUCAGGAUGAUGAGUUCAGUCAUCAGGUGAGACUUGUGAAAAAAAAAUUCAUUUUUGUAGAGGUUUUAAUGCGGUUCAUAUGGUUCUUUUCAAACACUGAAAAUUUUCCAGUUCAGUAGAAACUAAAAAGAUAAAAGAUGGAAGAACAAUUUUUUGUAAAUGUAAUAAUUAUUGAAAACUUGAAAAAAUAAUAUUAGAAGUUUUGAAGUUUGCGCAAGGAGCGGCUAAAAGGAUAACGAAUAAAACAACUUUUUUUCAAAACGCAAAAUGAUGUACCUUCGUAAAACUUUGACAAAAACGCAAAAACUCCACGAUGGAGAGUUUUCAUUUACAAAUUCCAUUUAUCGAUAGUUUUCUAUCUUCAUUAACAUGAAGCUUUUCAAUUUCAUUUUUCAUGUUAAAAAGCGCAUUCUCAAUUCAAAAUAAGUCAUCCCCUUAUUUUCAGGUCAUCAAGUUCACCAAGUUCCAAGAAGACCAAUGGAACGGACUUUAUGACACGAACGGAAGAGAACUGAAGCAGUUACAAGUUCAUGUCGUUGCAGACAAAGGCUUCAACCACUCGAGCAUCGACAAUUGUUUUGUUAAUCAAAAGAAGAAUCAUUUCCAGGUCAGUCAAAAAAAAGAAUAAUUUGUGAAUCAAGCUAAAUUUUCAGAUCUCAGUUCACGUCGAAGCCUGCGACAACAUGCCCCCAAAGAACGUUCGUUUCAACGGCGCUCUUGUUCCGAUUCACGAGUUCAAGCUAUCAUUUUGCGGAGUGAAGGCUGAGGUUUUCAUUAAUGAGCUACUCAGCUUCAAAGCGUUUUUAUUUCCAGAUGCCAACUUCGGAAAUUUGCAUCAAGCAGUCACGAACCGACCGCAAGCCGCACCCACACAAUCCUGUACCUUUCGAGAUCCAGGAACGCAGAAUGACCAAAGUAACGGUCCCGCGGCUCCACUUUUCCGAAACGACGCUCAACAACCAGCGGAAGAACUAUCGGCCCAAUCCUGACCAGAAGUAUUUCCUUCUGGUGGUUCGUCUUCUUGCCUGCGUCGGCGAUGAUACUACCAUUCUCAUCCAGUCUUAUGCUUCUGAAAAAGUCAUCGUUCGAGUGAGUUUUCAUUAA